AUGAAAUGGUUCCAUCGAAAGCUUCGCACAAAAUAUCAUCUUUUCACGCUUCUGAUUGUAAAAAAAUGACUUGAAUUACAUCACUGAUGGAGUGGACGCAUACUAAAUCAGCUCUGCAAAGGCUAGAAUGCCUUCUUACUUGUAAAAUAUGUCAUCUCUUGAUAAAUGAACCUUGUUCACUGGAGGCGUGUGAUCACUACUUUUGCAGACAUUGUGUGCAGAGGAUUGUUGGUGUCAAUAGUCAGUGUCCUGAAUGUGGUUCCUUUGCUUGGAUUAAAGACCUUAAACCRAACAGACAACUAAGCAAUUUAGUUUCACUGUGCAGAUCUAUACGCAGUGGCAUUGAGAAUGGCCAUAAUAUUGUUGAAAACACACUAGCUGUACAGAAAGAUCCGAACAGUUGUGAAAGCUAUGGACAGCAUUAUCAACAAGAUAAUGAAAAAGUUGAUGGAUUACGUGGAUUAGAAAUGACUGAAGGAUUGGCAGACUAUAAUUCUUCUAGCAAUAGUCAUAAUCUUGGGAAAUACCCUGGAACAACUGAGAAUAGCAUUCUUGAUGAUAGUUAUAACUUUGUCUUUUCUGACGAAACUGCACAUAACUUGUCAAACUCAUCUCUUGAACUUUUUAGUGCACACUCACCUUGCUUUCCUGAUGAAAGAAAUGAUUUUAAUAGAGAAGCUGCAGAUUUUAAUAACCGAGAAAUUAUAACAGAGCCUACUGUGACAAAUCAACAUGAUUCAAACAAAACACACAAAGGGCAAAAAAGAAAACUUUCUGAUUGUGAACAAGAUCUUCMAAAAACAUCAAUAAACACAUCUAAUUGUGAUUCUGAAUCCAUAAGACAGACUAUUAGCAGGAAAAAUAUAAAGAAAGUAAAAGAGCRAAACAGCAUUGAUCACAGAUCAGUCUCGACACCUACUAGAAAGAAGUGUUCAUCAGCACCUUCCGAUAAUACAGCAAACAGCAGUACAUCACCAAGUACUAGACUUUUGUCUUCAGUGAUGCUAUCACCAGGUCAAUUAGAAAAGAAAAAUAAAAGGGGCGAGGGAUUGCUUCAUGUAGCAGCAAUUAAGGGUAAUUUGGAAGAUGCAAAAUGGCUGCUUGAAAAAGGUGCCAAUCCCAAUGCCAGAGACAAUGCGGGAUGGUCCCCAUUACAUGAGGCCUGCAAUCAUGGUCAUGCAGCAAUAGCCAAGAUGUUGUUAGACUAUGGUGCAAUCAUUGAUCUCCCUGGUGGCUUUGACCAUGAUACACCUCUGCAUGAUGCUGUAGCAAAUGGUAGACUAGAAGUGGUGAAGUUGYUAGUUCAAGAGGGAGCUCCUCUAACACCAAGAAAUAAACGAGGAAUGACUCCUCUUGAUAUUGCUGUAUCAGAAACAAUGAAAGAUGCCUUAAAAGCCUUUCAAUCUCCUUCUGUGUCUCCCAAUGAGAAAACAUCUUCAGUGAUGGAAAAGAGAGUCAAAUGUGUCGAAGUGCAUAACCAAGAAACAUGUAAAGUAAUCCUUUGCUCUGGCUUGAAARCAGAACAAAAGGAAUUACUCGAAGAUUGUACAAGAAUUCUUGGUGGGAAGGUUGCAAAUGAGUUUUGUCCUGAAGUGACCCACCUUGUGACAGUAACCAAUGAUUCAAAUCAUUGUGCACGCACUAUCAAGUACCUUAGCUCAAUCUUGUGUGGGAAAUGGAUUGUGUCCUUCUCCUGGAUCAAAAAGUGUCUGUCAGUUAAAUCAUGGGUUGAUGAAAGUCYRUAUGAAGUGAAAGGGACAACAAAAGGAAAACAAGAUGUUCCUCGUUUUUCCAGAAUUAAUGCUGAAAAGCAGCUUCCAAGUCUCUUUGAUGGCUGCCAGUUUUACUUCUGUGGUGUAUUUCAUCCACAAACACCACACAAAGACAACUUGAUUCAGUUAGCAAAAUUUGGAGGAGGCAAAGUUUUAACAAGAGAACCCAAGUCAGACAUUGACUACAGACUYUUUAUGCCUACUARAGACAAGAAAAGACUACCUUUAGUUGACCUUCCUGUUGUGGCUUAUCAUGCAAAACCAGAAUCAGAACAGUAUCACUGUACAAGAUAUAUAAUUUAUGAUCCAYUAYCAACAACGCRGCCAACACAUAAAUAUAGAAGUCUGUCAAUUGCACCUGUAAGUUGGUUUUUAGACUGUAUUUCCAACUUUGAAAUACUGGAUAUUCCUCUUUAAUUUUAUAAAUUUAAUUAGUGCWUUGUACAGCAAAAAAGAAUAGAGAAAAGGUCUAUGUUUUAUUAUCCCAUUUAACAGGCAAUUUCAAAAAUAAAAAUAAUGUUCAGACAUCUCUACUUGCUUAAAAUUGAUGAGAGUAAAAUAAACAUUAAACCUGGGUCGCUCUGGSUACACGAUGAUGGUCUGGGACAAUUCAGUGGACAGGGACUUAGAGCUGGAUUUACAUUAUAARGGCCCAUGGAGCAUGCAGUUGUUGGAAAGA